CCUUUUGCGACAAUUUGCGACAAAGAAACUAGAAGAUCACGGUCAACAUUCAGGUGUGGUUCAUCGGAUAAGGCCCACGGAUUACAGAACUUAAAUCCUAUCACACAGAAGACACGGAUCGGAUACGGAGUCAAUUACCUCACGGCUCAUGCCUUUCUCCAAUCCAGAGUAGACGCGGCAAUAUAACACACUCGUGUUUUCUCUCACUUGCCUCAGCAUCUAUCUAUCAUUAAGGCCGUGCCAUUCCCCCCCUCAAUCUUGGGACACUAAUUCCUCGCGAACGAAUAUCGUCAUGGAGAAAGAAAAGCAUAUUGAGAUCGGUGCGGCCCUGUCUCCACCUCCAAGCCCCGAAGAUGCCGGGCGGACGGAGACAAGCAAGCACACACGGGUCUGGAUAGUCAUCAAUAUUAUCGCAACCGUUGCAAUUGUAUACAUCAAUAAGUCCAUCUUCUCAGAUCCUGCCUUCGCCAAGUGUCAUUUCAGCUUCGUUGCGUAUCACUUCACCAUCACCGGGAUUCUCCUGUUCAUUGUGCAACGAGCCUCGAUCCUGAAAAUCACGCCUACAGAAACCCCCCUGGUCAAGAUUCUACCCCUCUCGCUCAUCAUGUGUGCCAACAUCAUCUUGAUGAACCUGUCACUGGCCUACAGCUCGAUCGUCUGCUACCAGAUCGUCCGCAUCCUCCUCACCCCACUGACCGUGCUCAUCAACCUCUUUUUCUACAACUCCAAAAUCCCUCUUCACGCGGCUAUUGCGCUUGUGCCCGCCUGUCUCGGCGUGGGGCUCGUGACUUACGCCGACCUGCUCCCCCGCCAGCGAACCCUCCCUUCAAGCCCGGAGGUCAUGGACUCGACCUCUGCCCUGGGAAUUAUCUACGCAUUCAGCGGCGUCUUCUGCUCUGCGCUGUACACCGUCUGGGUGGCGCACUACCACUCGCGUCUCAACAUCUCGAGCAUUCAACUUCUCUACCGGCAAGCCCCUUUCUGUGCGGUCUUCAUCGGCAGUAUCUCGCUGGUCACCGAUUCGUUUCCGGUCUGGGCCACGAUCCACCCCAACCAAUGGGGUCUUUUAUUGCUGAGUGGCGGGUGUGCAUGCUUGAUCAACCUCUCGUCUUUCCACGUAAUCAAUGGCGCGGGCGCAGUGACCAGUACGGUGGUGGGGCAGUUGAAGACGUGCCUCGUCAUUGCGCUGGGGUGGAUGCGGAGCUCGACGGCGAUGGCGACGGAGAGUGUUCUGGGUGUGUUGCUGGCGGUUCUGGGCAUUGUUCUCUACACCGCGGCCAUGCACAAGGGCGAUGCUCGAUAGUUCGCUUUGCAUAUCGUGGGAUCGUAGAAUAUUGACCCCUUGUAAGCCACGAUCGAAUCAGAUGGCAAUGGCGCAUGAUGGUUCAGAAUUCUUGCAGCGUGCGAUACGGUUCUCGAAGUUCAUAGGAGCAGUUGUCAGACUCUACAAGCAUUGCAAGACGCAGCUGAUAGCAUAUACAGUCAAGUUAAUCAAGCCAAAUCUAAUUUUCCUUGUUCCUUUCUUUUCUUUCGAAUUUUUAUGUUUUGGUAUCAUCAUUACUAUCUUCUUCUUUGUUAGAAGAG